AUGGCCAAGACCAACGCCCGAUUAUUGUUGCUACAUCUUUUGGUGUGUCUGACAACUGCUUCCACUGUUCAACCAACUGUCAAAACAACAAAUGGCACGCUGGUUGGAGUUAGAAAUGCACAAUACAACCAGGACUUCUUCUUAGGCAUUCUGUAUGCCCAACCGCCCAUUGGAAAUCUCAGAUACAAGCGUCCCGAGCCCCUCCAUCAGCCUUGGGAGCAGCAGAAUGCUACCGAAACUGGCCCAUGGUGCCAUUCGUCGCCUCUUACGUUGCCCGUGUUCUCGCAGACCGGAAACUCUCACGAAGAAAGCGAAGACUGCUUAACGCUCAAUAUUGUACGGCCAGCCACUGCUCAUAGCAUCUCCAAGUUUCCUGUCCUUGUCUACAUCCAUGGUGGAGGUGUUCAGGAGGGCAGCGGCGCGGAUCAGAGGUACAACAUGUCUUUCCUGGUACAAGAAUCAGUUGGCGCUGGAGCGCCGAUCAUUGGCAUCACCAUCAACUACCGACUUUCUGGCUUUGGCUUCCUAUCUGGUAGCGCGCUACAAAAGUCCGGCGUUAUGAACCUAUGA